AUGCAGGAGCGGAGGGGCGAAAGCUCUUCUCAUGGUCACGAAGAGCGAGUUGGAUUGUUGGCUGAAUGUGAUGGGGAGGGAGAAGACGUAGAGAUGGAUGACUUUAAGCAGGGCGUUUCAACCAAGAACCCCCUCCACGGAAUUCCAAACGACCAACUCCUCGCCAGCGUCAGAACCUUCGUCCAAACCCACAGCCUGGAUGCCGACCUCUCCAUCUUCCUCAAAGCCGCCCUCAUAGCCCAGUCCCCAACCUCUCUCCCCGAACUCACCAAUGACGAACGCCUCAUCCUGCAACGGGAACAAACCCACCGCUGGAGCCAACCCUUCAUCCUCUACCUCACCAUUGUGAUGAACUCCCUUGGAGCCGUGAUCCAAGGCUGGGAUCAAACAGGCUCCAACGGAGCGAAUCUAUCCUUUCCCCAGGAGUUCGGCAUCGCAGAUACGCCCCCUUAUUGCAGUGUGGCGACGGGGGAGUGUGCGAGGAGGACGUGUUUGGUGGGGUUCGUGAAUAGUGCGCCGUUCAUUGCUAUUGCUUUCUUUGCGGCGUGGAUAUCCGAUCCUCUGAAUGAGCGGGUGGCACGACGAGGGACCAUCUUCAUCGGGUGUAUCUUCUCGUUGCUGGCGCCCAUUGGAUCUGCAUUCGCGCAGAAUUGGGGACAAUUGGUAGCUUGUCGGAUUCUGCUGGGGAUUGGGAUGGGCCUGAAAGAAGUCACAGUCCCUGUCUACGGGGCCGAAUGCGACCCAUCAACAAUCCGCGGCGGCCUCGUCAUGACCUGGCAACUUUUCACCGCACUUGGCGUCGUUUUGGGUCUUGCAGCCAAUCUCGCAGUUCACAAAGUUGGAGGCAUUGCAUGGAGGCUGCAACUCGGCAGUGCGUGUAUUCCUGCGGUACCUCUGCUUCUCUUCGUCUACCUCUGCCCUGAAAGUCCGAGAUGGUAUCUCAAGAAGGGGAAGGUCAAAGAGGCGUAUGGGUCGCUGCUUCGGCUGCGCAAUACCCGGCUUCAGGCUGCUAGGGACUUGUAUUACAUCCACGCUCAGCUGGAGCAAGAGAAGGAAAUGAUCAAGAAGUCGGCGGUAGCAAGUCGAGAUGAUCUAGUUACUAGGUUCAUCGAGCUGUUUACGGUUCCUCGCAUUCGACGAGCCACUCAGGCUUCUGGAAUCGUCAUGCUUGCUCAACAGCUUUGCGGUAUCAACGUCAUCGCAUUCUACUCUUCGACCAUCUUCGUCCAGGCCGGCUUCACCAUAACCAAUGCGCUGGUGGUAUCACUCGGCGUAAAAAUCGCUGGCUUGAUAACAACAUGCUUCAUCGUCUUCAUCAUCGACACGUUCGGCCGACGAGCGCUGCUGAACUUUACGUUUCCAAACAUGACAUGGACACUCCUCGCUACAGGAUUGUGCUUCUUGAUCGACAAAUCAUCCAACGCUCGGCUGAGUCUGAUCGCCUUGUUCAUCUUCAUCUUCCAGAUCUUCUACUCGGCGGGUGGAGGGCCGGUACCUUUCACAUACUCAGCAGAGUGCUUCCCCUUGAGCCACCGAGAGAUGGGCAUGUCUUGGGCCGUGGCGACGAACAACUUCUGGGGUUCGAUCGUGACAUUGACAUUGCCUCGUAUCUUGGCUGCUUUCACUCCAGCAGGCACAUUCGGGUUCUAUGGCGGCUUGAACACGUUGGCGCUGGUAUUGAUCUUCUUCUUCGUACCUGAGACAAAGCAGCGUUCGCUUGAAGAGCUGGAAUACGUUUUCGAGAUCUCGACUUCGAGGCACGCAGCCUUCCAAGUCCAGGAGCAAUUGCCAUGGUGGUUCCGGAGAUGGAUUUUGCGGCGAAGAGGCGAAGCAGAGCCGCAGCUGUAUCGUCCCAAGACGCCGAGACCGAUGAUCUGA